GCGACAUCCGGGUGCCAUUGCUUAUGGCUCCUUUAAAGUUUUUUUUUUAAAAAUUAUUUAUACAUAGCUAUUUAAUGUAAACAUUUAUUUUGUGAAUAAAAGAAGAAAAUGAAACCGUAUGUCAUAGGAAAAACUGCAAAGCAGAAACUGUGUAAAAAAACUGAUACCUUCACAAAGGAGAAAUGUGAAACAUAGUUCCAAUGCAUCACAAGUUUUGCAAUAAUCGGUUUUGCAUCAGUUUUUAUCCUUAUCAUUAAAGUCAGCAUUGUGAUUUCUGAGCUCAUUUAGAAUGAUCCAUGUCUGUGAACCAAAGAUUGACCAGAUGAAGGGACAAAAUGAGUGAUUGCUCUGGACCUCCUGAGACACCUUCCAGUGGUGAGCGGGAGCCCACUAUGGUCUCCGUACCUGUAGUGGGCUCCAGUGCUUCAGAUAAUAUGGCUACCACUUGGAACAGUAGCGAAACCCUUGAUAUCCAUGAACCAUCUGACAUCUGCAACCUCACAUCAUUGUGUAACAAUUCUGUUUCCACAUCUGUGAGUUCAUCACAGUUAUCUAGUGCAAUAUGUACUGCCGAAAUAAUGUCGCAAGAAACUUCAAAUUCAGCCUCCUUCAUGCAUUCAGGGAUUACACAUGAUGCAGAUUCUACAUCAGAAUCGUUAGGAGUGUGCGACGAUGAUAGAAUGAUGGUUGAUGGCCCUACCUUGUCAGUACAUGCCAUUGUUUCUCAGGAAUCAGUUUCGCAAGAAUCAGAUAGUAGUGAGGAUCAUUUGAGUGUGGUAGACAACAUAACUGCGCAGAAUUUUCUGCGUGAGUCAGAUUUAAUGAAUGCCGCUUCAUCAGCUUUGGGUCAUAAAAAGUCACCACCAACUGACCAAGAGUUAGAAAAGUCUGACAUGCAUCAUAAUCUACUUUCUCUUGAUCACCAAUCAGUGACAAGCACUCAAGAUCACAUGGAGAUGCAAAGUCUGUUGCAAGAGCAACAGGAUUUAGAUGGGCCAGUUUCAUCCAUUGCCGACUACCAUCUGGAUCAUUCUCAAACUUCAGAAUUAUCUGUUGGUAGCACUUCACAGUUGGAUAUUGGUGCUACCUUACAGGAAGGUGUGACUGCUGAUGGUGUUUGCUUGUCUCCUUCAUCCAACAGCAGCACAUCUUCUUUGGAUUUGCCAUCAGGUGUAAGUAUAUCAUCAGGUAUUGGUUUACCCCCCGUUUCAACUAUCAUACGUUCAUCAGCAAAAGGAAGGUUUGAUGUUUUUGGCAGACCUUCCAAUAUUAAUAUGAUUAUGGGCAUCUCCCACUUUUUAGGUAACAACAAUUCCUUUGAUGUUAUGACAUCAAUGAACAACAUCCAGCGUUUAACCUCAAGUCCUUGUGACACUCUUAAUAGUGUAUCUUUAGCUAGUCCAAUGGAAGUCUCUUCAUCAAGGCAUAGUACAUGUACAGAUGUAGUAAUGGAAAAUGUAGAUGUUCCUCUAUCAUCAUCAUUAGUUUGCUCAUCAACUUCUAUUAGCCACAUUGCAUCCAUUGUGGAAAGCAGGUGUAUAAAAGCUAAUACUGUGAUGUCGUCUCUGGGACCAGAUAUGUUAGAUAAACAUAGUUUAUCUGAAAUGACUGACUCUCAGUUGGACUCAGAUAAUAAUCUAAAUUUACCCAUCACAUCCACCAGUUCUAUUCCAAAUUUUGUGGGAGUUGUGCCUCUUAGGGAGAUUAUGCAUAUUUCCACUUCCCCAUCUCAGGUAUCACAACACUUGGCAAUGGAAGAAAUGCAGAAAGUAGCUGAAAUAAGUGAGCAUUUACGGUCAGGAACCCCUGUAAGUGGACACUUUACUCUGCAUUCAAGCGACGAAUCAAUUGCUCGAGUCAUGAUGCCAUCUCAUUUCAGUGUUAGUGAAAAUAUUCAACAUUCAGAUAACUAUGCUGAGGGUGUUAAUCAGAGGUCACAACCCACAUCUGUUUCAGCUAUUGAAACAAAUGUAAUCAUGUCAACCUCUAAUAUUGAUUCUUCACCAAAGUUUUCUCCUGUAGAAAUUAAAGCUAUUGAGCAACGGUUAAGGUCUGAACAAUCUCGAAAUCAAAAUAUCAAUCAUAAUAUUGAAAAUGCAUUAAAUACUGAAGUAAUAAUUCCAGAUUGUAUAGAAACUACUCAAAGUUCAGAUAUUAUUUAUUCAAAUGUACAGAGUGCCCUUAAUCAGGUAGAAGCGAGAAAAAUUUUGAAAGCACACAAUAUUGCACGGUCUUCUAUAAUUGAAAAAAAUUUACUGCAGCAGUCUCAAGUCAUAAAUGAGUCUACUGUGAUAACAAGUGCUGAAACCAUAUCCUCAAAUAAAGUAACUGGUGUUAGUGCAGAUCAAAAUAGUAAUAGUGAUAUGAUUACUAUGAAAUCUCCUGAAAAAAUUACUAUUUCUGAUACUCAACAAAAUACUAUAACAAAUGUGAACCCAUCUGCAGUAACAGCUAGUGUUAUUCAACAGCUUUUACGAGCUCAGUCACCCCCAUCGAAACUCAGAUCAACUAUGCAACGUAUACCAAGAGGUGUCAUCACCUCCGUUAUGUCAGCAAAAGGCGAGUCUCUAACUCAUCAUGAUAUCCUAAUUCCUACAUCUUCUUCAAAUACAGAAACAGCAGAUGUAAAAAAAGAAAUAAAUGAAGGUGAUAUUUCUGUUUCAAGUGCAAAUAUUCUUCAGAAUAGAAACCUAGCAGAGAGUACAACUAACUCUAAAGAUAAAACAGUUGAUGUUUCACUAGAUAUGAAUGAAGCAUCAGUUAUUAAUCAUGGAAAUAAAUCCCCUUCAUCUGAAGAAAAAGAACCAUCUUUGCCUAAUUUAACAACAACUGUACUCCCAUCUUUAUUUUCAAACCUUUCUGCUAGUGCUCUGGCUUCAUUACAGUCUAGUUUAUCUUCUGCUCUUCCUUUAACAAUACAAUCUUCCCUGCCAAAUAUCAACAUUUCAGACAGUACUGCUACUGUGUCUCAACUGUCUUCUUUGUCCCCUGUGCUGUCAUCACCACCACUUUCACCUAUUCUUCUACCAAGCAUUCUUUCUUCAACUUUAAGAAAUGCUGUAUCAGCUGCCAAAUCACCCAUUGGUGAUUCUGUUGUAACUUCAAAUUGUGUAACAUCUACCAAUAAUAAUAUUUACAGUGGUCUUUUAAAAUCUGUUGGCCUAUCCAGUGCUAUCAAGCAAGAGCCUGGCAUGAUUACUGGAUCAGGCCCUCUUCCUCCAUUUACAGUAGUUUCAGGUUUAUCACCAUUGGUAAAGAGAGAAUUCAGUGCUUCAUUAGCUUCAAAUAUAAUUGGUGCUAAUCAUACGAGUGCGCAAAUACCAGUUGUGACCAUAAAACAAGAGCCCGGAUCAUCCCGAGCUUCUGCUAGUGCCUCAGAUUUCAACCCUUCCAUAAUUUUAAAUGCCAGCGCAGGAUUACCCAGCAUUGCCUCCAUACAUCUUCCUUCUGCAGCUGCGGUCCAACUGCCGGUGGUUGUCACCAGCACGAUCGCAAUUACGACCUCUGCAUUAACAAAUCCAGUGCCUUCGCAAGCCUCAACCAUUGCAUUUGCAGGGAGCGUUUCCACAUCAGUCGUAACUUCGACUGCUAACGCCAUUUCUUCACCUCAGGACAAUGAGGAGUCAAAGCCUUCGGACAAAAAAUGGAACUGUUUAAUGUGCAAAAAUGGAAGCCCUUGUGGUCUACAUCCAACCCAAUCUCAGGGUUCGACUUCAAAUUCCACAAGGUUAACAACACCACCACAGCCUGUGUUGUCUGGUGAUCCAGCAAAACCUUUUCAAUGCACUCUGUGUGGAAAACACUUGGCUUCUAAAAAUGUUUAUCAGUUGCAUUUACGGAGCCAUUCUGGAGAGAAACCAUUCACAUGCAACUUAUGUGGUCAUCACUUUUCUCAAAAGACAUCACUUACAAGGCAUAUGAGAUCCCACACAGGUGAACGUCCUUUUCCAUGUGAUGUCUGUGGUAAGCGUUUUGCUGAUAAAGAACGAAUUAAAAUACACAUGCGAACUCACACGGGUGAAAAGCCUUUUGCUUGUGAAGUGUGUGGCAAAAGGUUCUCUCAAAAGUCUACUGUAAAAAGACACAUGAGUGUUCAUACUGGUGAAAAGCCAUUCAAGUGUGAAUCAUGUGGUAAAGGUUUUGCAAAUCGUGGAAACUUGAAUGCACAUAGUAAAACUCAUGCUAACUCAUGACAUUCAUGUUGACAGGAAUAUAUAUAUAAAAGUUAUGUAUACUUAUACACACACACACACUCACCUUGUAAAUUGACGUUUCAAGUUUUGGGAGCCCUGGUAUUUCUCACAGUUUAUUGUUUGAGAAAUAUUUCAAGGUUCUCCAAAUGUAGUAUAAGACUGUAAAUUUUUAUGACAUUUUUAGCAAAUAACCUUGAUUAGAAGUUAUAGAAUGUUAACAACCUGAUACUGAAUUGUUAGCACUCAUACAUACAUAUAUAUAUGUAUAUGAAGAUCUACAGUAUCAUCGUCCUACCAAUGAGUGAUGUUUUUUGUUAAAACACUGUUGUAAGUAGAGACCAUCUAAGGAUUCCGAAAGUUUACUAAAGUACAAACGAAUAACUUCUGUUAUUGCAAUAUCAAAGCAGUAGUUUCUUAAAAUUUUAGAUCUUUCUUGCAAGAAGGAUUAUGUAGAAUGUUUUUACCACAUGCACAUAUCUAGUAUAGGUAGAAGUAUUAAAGUUUAUAUAUAUUAUAAUGUUAUGAUUAGCAUACUAUUUGCUAUUGUUUCCAAUUAACACUUGUUUCAAAUCUUGAAGCAUAGUCAUGUUGCCAUUUGUUAAUCAGGUUUCAAAUUUAAAGUGCAGUGAUGUAUAAUUUUUUUUUAUUAAAAUAGCCAACAAGAGUAACAUGCUUUAACCAUUCAUGUUUAUCUUCUUAUAUGUUUGUAUAUGAGAAAGUCUGAAUGUAAUGUACAUUAUUAGGAAUUUUAUGAUUUGUUUGUUUUCAGUAAUUUUUUAAUGCAUGGUAUUAAUUUUAAACUUAUUUCUUAAAAGAUGUAUGCACUCUGGUAUCUUAUUAUUUGUAUAAAUAGGCAGCAAUGGGAAAGCUUUGAAAUUUUUCUCUACAUAACUGGAAUAUGUCAAUACUUAUCUACACAGAAACUGCAAAGAGAUUUUUGGUAGGAAGAAGUACAAAAGUUUCAUCUUUUUUAUGUAAAUGCAUAUAAUUUUAAUAUAAAUUAAUUAAUUUUUAUAGUUAUGUUAUGAAUUAUGGUAGUGACAACAAUACAGUUAGUUCACAGUAUUUCAAAUACAGCAUGUUGAAUUGUGAAAAGUUGAAAUUAAUAGCUCGUAUUCUGCGUAGUGGCAUUGAAUUCAGCUCAUUAAAAAGUUUUGCCCUGUGUUUAAUAUGUAAUGAAAGAUGAUAUUCAUUUGGUUUGCUCCAUAGACAUUUAUUUCUGUAUAUUUAUUUAUUUAUUUAUAUGUCAUAAAAUAAUAUUAAAAUUAUACUCUGAUAUAUUCCGUGAGAUGGAGACCUGCUUUCAUUUAUCACUUUCAAGAUAGCUGUUUCAAUCGAAAUUUAAGGUGUGGAGUAGUAUCGUAUCCAUAGGUUUUCCCACUAAAUUAUUAAAUGACUAAUAUCUUUAUUAGGAGAAAAGUCUUUCUUUUAUUACUAAAAUUGUUAUCCAUUAUACUAAACUAUCUGUAGCUUUAGUGGAAUUAGAAAAAAAUUUAUUCAAAAUUCUUUUCAUUUGGAAAAGUAUUUGAAUGAAUUUACUUUUUAUUAUCUGUACCAUUGAUAAUAUCUUGAAAUCCUUUACUGAAAUGUUGCAGUUUGUAAUUUCAAUUUCUUUUAUUCUGUUCGAGUCUUCAAGCCAUGGUGCUUCACAAAUUUCAUCCGCCCAAGUUCAGAAUUUAUUGUAUUGAAAUAAUUCAGAAGAUCUUAUAUUUGAAUAUAAAUAUCUUUUAAAUGUUUAAUAUAGUUAUAGUAGUAUGGAAAAGUAUAUGAAAACAUUCUGAUUUCAUUAAAUGCUAAAAAUGAAAGGUAUUUUUAUACUUCUUAGCAUCGAACAUAAUCAGAUUAUUUUCAUAUAUUUUGUAUGCUUUUUUUUUUUUAAUGAUCACUCAAAGAGCAGUUUAUUUACAAUAUUUGUGUUAUGCAGAAGUUAAUGUUGUAAACAUAUGAUUUUAAAAAAUUAAUUCCAAUUUAUAAUUAAUUAUUAUACAUUUUCUUUAUUUCUCUCUUACAAUGAAGAGGCAGCAAUUUUUAGAUUUUUCAAAUGCAUCUGAAAAUGAAGCAAUAAGAACAUAACAGCAUGAAAACGUUUUUGAAUUCUGAACAAACAAAAUGCUUAUAAGUAGCCAAACAAGAGUGAUAAUAUUGACAUUUGAGACUUCUAUUUGGACAUAUGGCUAUUGGCAGUUGAAAUUUGAAAGUAUGGGUAUUUCAGAAUGACAUAAAAUUAUAUUGCCACACAUGUGAUCAAUUGCCAAUUGUAAAUGCUCAUGUGAAUCAUGAUCUGAUGAAUUUGGCUGUGGUUUGAUAUUAGAAAUGUCUACUGCAGAAUCUUCUCAAAAGUUUAGGUGGUUAAAUUGAGUCACUUUACACUACCAGGCAUUUAUCACUUAUAUAAAUGAACUGGCAAAUUUUCUAUCUUGUGAGAUACAAUAUUUUUUAUUUAUCUUUAUAUAGCUUUGUAAAUAGUCAAUUCUUAGAACGUUCUUUCAAAUUAUAGCAGUAAUUGCUUAACCAAGUUAAAAGCAAUAAGUUCAUCUUUCAUGUCGCUUUGGAAAUAGUCAGUUCGUAGAAUGUUCUUUCAAAUUAUAACAAUAAUUUCUUAACAAAUUGUGUUAAAUGCAGUAAGUGUUCUAAAAAAUUUAUAUUUUUUAUUUUUCUAAUUCAUACACUUUAUAAAUGCAUUUAAUUUAUAACACAUUCAAAUGAUAAUUUUUAUGAACAUUGCAACAUUAUUAGAUAAAAGAUGCAUCCAUUGCCAUAAUUUAUAGUAAUACAGAAUGUUUUUCUACUCUUAAAUUUAAGAAUAUGCUUGCAUUUUUCUUAUUCAUUAUUCACACACUUAAUAAAUGAAUGAUAGAAAUGGUAUGAGGAACUUCAUAAAUUUUUAACAAAACUGUUAUAGAUAUGCGAGUUUGUAGGAGCUGAAUAUCACCUCUGAAUAAGUAUAGACAAGAAGUUUAUACAUAAAAUUUUAUUAUUUACUGUUAAUCAUACAAUCAUAAUGUUAAUCAUACAAUGCACUAAUUAUAUCAUCUAGUUUUUAAAUUUUUUUAGAAAUCAAUUUAAAUAAGUUUGCAUUUAUUAGCACGAGACUGUAUUUUUAGUUUUACCGAAAGAAUUAUUCACUUAAAAGUAUAAAAUAAUCAAGUAGAAAUGAUUUUUUUAAUAAAAGAUUCAGCUGAAAUUGUAUUUAAUAUUUGAAUCAUACUAACAAAAUUAUUUGAAAAUAUCUGAAAUGUGAGCAGAUGUUAAAAGUAUUUUCUGUAUUAAAUUAGAUUUGAAAUUUCAUUUUUAUCAUCAGAUUUCCUUAGGGGACUAAUAAUGUACUACUGAUAGUUAAAACAAUUUUUGUUACUAUUUCAUUAAUAUUACAAAAUGUAAUAAAAAUCUUAUUUUUACUUUUUUAAAAAAAAUUAAUUUUCAAUGUCUGGAUAUUUUGCUGCAUAGCAUUUUCUGAGAGACAGCUUGAAGUUAUUCAUCAUUUUACAAACUUUUGACCCAGAUAUAGCCUAUGGUACAUCACAAGACAGAUUGUGAUGCAUUCACAAGAAAAGGAAUAAAUUAUGCAAACAAUUAAGUUGUUUUAUAUGAAUCUAAGAUUCACUCUUGGUAUCAUAUCAGCUGGCAGUCAGCUUUCACUAACUGCCAUACUAUCCAGGACAGUGAACUGCUAAUAAGCAUUUUGAAUAUUACUAUUUGCUAGUAGUUCAUUUUUUACAAUUUGAAUUUUUAAAUUUUUCAUGCUGCAGGAGCAAAGACCUGAUUCAUUUUGAUUUUAGGACCCACCAGCGGCUGAGCGGUAAAGUCCCUUAAUACUGGUAGUUGGGCCCGAGGUUCAAAUCCCGCUAACAAGCUGGCUGCGUCGGCGUUUUCAUGGCUUUCCCUGUGUAUACGAGCCAGUUCCCCUUAGAAAGUCCUCCACGAAGGCAUCCCUCCCCUUAGGCAGGUAGCCCUAGUGUGCUUUGCCAUAAUUAAGUAAACCAAACCAUUUUGAUUUUAGACACAGUCUGUUAGAUUGCAGUAUUGAAUGACUUUAUAUUUUAUGAUUGAGCUAUUUAGUAAUAUAGUGAAGUACAUCUAGUAAAAAAUUUAAUAAUUAAGAAAUUGUAAAAAAGAUUUAUUGUGAGAUAUUUUAGUUUUACUAAUUAAUAGCAGUUGAACUUUGGUAGUUAUAAAUUAUAUAAGGCAAAAAUAAUACAUAAAUAUUUUAAUAUGAAAUAUAAUUAAUAUUGAAUUUUGGUUAGCUCUAUUAUCUGUGGUGCUAAAAUACUUGUUCUUUUAAUAAUAUAUUAUUAAAUUUAGCUAUAUAUUGGAAAAAUAAGAAUUAAAUUUCAACUUAAAUAUUUUUUUUGCUUUAAGUAAUCAAUGACGUUUUACUAUUUUUCAUUCAUUCCUCUUGCUUAAAAUCAAUAAUAAUGAAUACAAAUUUAAAAAAAAAGUUUUAUCAGUGAAAAUAAUAUGGAGACGUGCCAUAGUAGAUUUAAAUUAAGAAUAUAGUUAUUGAUGAUCUAUGGAAUAAAUCGUGUUAAUUAAUUGCCAAGUUCUGAUUUUGUACAAUUUUGAUGAUUCCCGUGAAAAAAUAUGUAUGUAAAUUACAGACUGAAGUAACUUCUGGUUUUCAGAAAUUUUAGAUAUUUUAAGUUUGUGUACAGAGAUUAUUAUUAGAAUGCAUAGAAUAAUUUCACGACCCCAGUCAGAGCACCAAUCAUUAGUUGUGUAUCAUGAAUUCAGAUUUUUUUAGGAUUUUUAUCCACCUUGCGACCCUAAAUGUGCUCAUGGCCGAUGAUUUUAACACCACUACUUUACAGGAUAAUGUUCUGUUAGAAAGUAACAGUUUGAUUCAGGAAAUGUUUUUAAAUAUGUAAUUUAAUUUUUAACGUUUAAUGAUUCGUAGCAGUUUUUAUUCUAUGCUUCCAUAUUUUAUAAAUUUUAGCUAGUAAUUAACUAGAUAAAAAUCAGAAAAGGAAUUAAAGUAUCAUAUGCUCUAUCUUCAUCUUUUUUCUGUUGCUUUAACGAAUUCUUAGUAUUAAAGCAGAUUAGUUUUGCACUGAGUAUGUUUUUUCUUUUCUUUUUUUAACUUUGUUCAGAUAAAUAAAAAUUAUUCUCUUUGGUCAUAGUAAUUUUUUUAUUUAUCAAAAUGAAUAUAUAUAUAUAAACAUUUUAUGUAAUUAUUAAAGAUUUAGAAUUUAUAAACAAUUUAAUAAAACUACUAGCGUAUCUUUAAAGUAAUACAUUUAAAGAUUUUUAAUAUAUGGGGCUAAUGAAUAUUGUGUGUACAUAUUAAGGGAACGUGCAGUAAGCAGUGGGAUGGAUACCUUUCUGAAUUUUAAAAUACUAAGUUAGAUUUGCAGUAUAUAAAAAAAAAUCUUUUUAUUAAAUAUAUAAUACAUUAUGAGAAUGUUCCUGUUUUAUAGUCAUUGCAUCUACAUUGUGCUACUUUAAUAUUCAUUGCCAUGAAAUUAAGGAAUAUAGGGGUUGGCUAUCAUGAAAGCAUAACAAUUGAGCAGUUACUCCAAAUUCAUUUAGUUAUGAAUUGUAGUUUUUAUCCUUAGAAGUAAUUUUAUAAUUGUUGGUAAUAAAAGUUCAAUUUCCAAGAGGAUUAUUUUGAAAGUGUUCUAAAAUUAAUCUGCUUCAUGAAAUACAGUCAAAACCUGCUAUAAUGAACUUCAAGGAAUUAGAAAUUUAGUUUGCUAUACCAGGUGGUAUGUUACAUCUUAUCCAAGAAGAAAAAUUAAUUAUCUUGCAAAAAAUGGACUAAUGGAUCCCCCUCAAAUCAUUGUCACAUCUGCCAAAAGAAGUGACUAAUAACUCUAAAAAAACUUAGGAACAGUUAAUUAGUUAUUAUGCGCAAUUAUUAAUUUUUGUUAAUGUUGUGCAGUUUUAUUUUGCACAUUAUUAAUUUUACAUAAAUUGAACAUAAAAGUCAUGGUUUAGUUCCUUUCUUUGAAAUAAUAAAAUAUAUUGAUUCCUUCUUUAUUGCUUAGAGUUAUGCCUUACAGCUCAAUCAAAUAGCUUAAUUAUAUCAUCAAAUCCAUUCAAGUUCUCUGGCUGAGGUUGUUAUAUUACAGUAUAAUCUCUUGAGAUGUAUUAAUUGUAUUCUGGUUUUCCAAAAAUUGGGUAUUACACUUCUCUAUAUAGUCUUUGUUCAGAUCAUACAAAAAAGUGGAGAUGAAAAAAGUAAUGUUAAGGUGUUUUUAGCUAUUCUAAUGGAUUACAUAUGGAUAAAUUUUAGGAAUAGAAAUUGUUUUGUUAAAACUUGCAGAAAUUCAGGAAGGAAGAAAGAAGAAGGGGAAAGACAAGUUCAUUCUAAGAUAAGGUUUGUUAAAUUUUAUCUUAACAUGGAAGUUUGCUAUAGCUAUAUAGCAUUAAGUAUAUAGAAAAUUAGAUGGGACCAACAUGUGUAUUUAUUAUCUCCAUAGGGUUAUUAUAAAUUGGGUUGUCUUGCAGGAUUUGAUUUUUUCCCUUAAGUUUUAAGAUGUAUGCUUGGAAUUACUUCCAAGAAAUACAUUAAUGUUUCUAAUUUAUUUUACAAAAUAAUCAAAUAAGAUAACUCAUCUGAUUGUUGUUUUGUCCAUGUAAUUCACAGAAGAACAGUUGUCAGAGCCUCAAGGAUGCUGACUUUUACUUUCACCCUAAUUUUGAUGAUAACUGAGUUUAAUCUAUUUGCUCCUAGUAUGUUUAAGAUAUUAUUAGUUACAGAAUUUAUGUAGUAAGUUCCAAAUGAAAAUGAUAACUUUUUAAUGUAUGUAGAUUGUAUUAGAAUGUUUGAGAAGAGGAAAAUUAAAGAGAGUUGAAAGUGUUAAAAAAUAUUUUGAAAUAUUGAAAAUCAGUAUUAUUGGGCACUCUAGAAUUCUGGAUCCAUUGGUACUUAAAUAUUUAAAGUUAGUAGUAUAAGACAAGGCAUAAUUUGAAGAACAUUUAAUUGCUUCACCAUUGUCAUAUAAAUGUUUAUAGAUGUGGAAAGCCCAAAAGAAUUAAAAAUUUCAAAAAUUUAUUUUGGGGGAGGCCAAGUCAGAUUAUUUUAUCUUUAUUCAAAAGAAUAAAUACAAUACAAAGUCUGUAAUGCAGAUGUCCGUUAUGCUGAAUGAUCUAUAAUCCGGACCUCAAAGCCACAAACUUUACGCAUGCGCAUACUAUGCAUGCGUGCAUUGAAAAAUGUUUAAUAAAGUAAACAAAUAAAUAUUAAGCUUUUUUUUUUAAAUUUGAUA